AUGGGGCUCACGAGUCGGAAGUUUUCCUUCUCUUCGCUGCGCAUUAAGACUUCUACGCAAGCGGCAGAAGCACCCACAGAUUAUGACAUAGAUACAUCCCCACCCUACAGCCCAACAGAGUCCGAGAUGGAGCGGCCGAGCGUACAACCACACAUGCUGAUUGACUUGCGUCAUGCAUGUGCCAUCAUAGUAAACGAGACCAAUCCUCCAGAUCCAGAUGAGGAGCCAGAUCACCGAGAAACAUUGAGGAAACACGAAGAGGAGCGCAAGGCCAGACAUGCUGCUCAAGCUCGUCUCGCGAAACCACAAAAGAUUGAUGUCAAGUCACAACAGGCAUCGGCAAAUCGUGCUGAGCAACGUCUGAACGAGAAAGCGCAGAAGGCAUAUGCCCGCAAGGUGGAGACGGAGGCUAGGAAGGAGCUUGCGAGGAAAGUGGAAUCUCGAAUGGCUAUGGGUCGAAAGGAGCAGUCUCAAAUUCGGCAACCAGAAAAUCGAGAGGAGCAUCCCCGACAGGAAAAAGCUACAAAAUAUGAAACCCGCCGUCCUCGUGAGGAUAUCCCGUUGUUCGGACCGGAAGGCGCGGCUUCUUAUACCAGUGCGAUUCCCAAGACUGCAAGCUACGAGGCUCUGCACGGACAGCGGAGACCUUCGGAGACUGGAAGUGCCGCAAGAAUCGAGUUCCUCCCACCAGUACAUGCCACCAUAGUCAACAACAGUCGACCCAAACCGCGAGAGGCUGUCGAGCCGCCCGAGCCAGUCAACACCGCAAUAUCUAACAACGUCAAGGGCAAGCAAAGAGAGUCUGAUCUCAUCGAACUAUCACCGGUAGCCACAACUAGCAACUUCAAAGGCAAGCAAAAGGAGUUGGAUGGGUCGAACGGGCCAACACAUACAGCAAUCUCCGAAGGCCUCAAGGCCACGCUGAAAAAGAUGGAGCGACCCGUCCAGCCAACGCGCACAAUGUCGAACAGUACCAAUUCAAAGCAGAAGGAAAUUGAAUCUUUAAUGGAUCGAAUUGAUCCAAAACCACCCCAAAUCUUAACAACCAGCAAUCCUCGAAGAAAACAGAAAGAGGUGGAAGACCCUGCACUCAACCACAUCCGUGAUAGUCUCCACUUCCGGCCCAAAACCUCGGCUGCUGCUUGUAUAGACUACAGUGGUGCAUCAGGCGAAUCAAGCAAGUCGACCUCCCGCUCGUAUACAGACUACGACAACAAAUUUCCACGCCCAACUUCGACUGCAGCGACUUCAGCGGCCCUCACACCUGGCGACGAUAAAAAAGCCCCCUCAUUCGACUACAACAGGCGUCCAUCGUAUGGUUCGUCUCAUCAUAGACGACCGUCCGACGAAUCUCACCAGAGCGAAGAAAGCGAACAAGCUAAGCUCUGGAGACGAAAGAAGCUUCUGAUUCAGCAGGCCGAGGACAGGUACAACAACAGCGGACGUGCAGCCAGACCAGGCAGCCGCGCAUCCAAGAGGUCAAGGUCCAAACUUUCUAUGAGGGAAGACAGCGACUCGGAAUACGAACGGCCUUUGAGCAGGGCCAGCAGCAUAGGGAGCAGUAUAGCCUCCGGAAUCAGCAACUACAUCAGACCUCGCGCAAGCCAAGACAGUAUGCGUUCUGGGUUUUCCAAUGCUUCCGGUCUGUCGCGAUCGGGUAGCCGAAGUAGCAGCGUUGGCCGACGCGGCAGUUGGUGGAAAGGAAGUGGCCUGCGAAGGAAGGGCAGCUGGAGCUCCUUUCGUAGCGCAAGGCCUGAGGAAGAAGAGCCAAGGAAGCUUAAGAAGAACGGCGGACCCAAUCUCAACAGACCGUUGCCUGCGUUGCCUGGUCUGGAUCAAUACAAAGAGGCUAAGACGCACAUUGGACAGCUUAUGAAGUCCGGCGGCCGUGGGCGCAAGGCGAAGAGAGAGCAAGAGGUGUCAGGGGCGAACCCAUACGCUCGGGACCAAACGCGUGGCCAUGUGAAGAAAGAUUCGAUCUCCGCGCCAAUCGUCUCCAAUGAUGGCAUAGAGCGCACUUUACACCGCUACCGUGGCGCGUCCGUCGAACAUCUACGUGGCCCUGGGAACCUCUCCCAGCAGCCUUCUAUCAAUAAUAUGCGAUCAGGAUCUCCUUACAUGAGCUCCCUGUCCCAGACACGGCAGGAGAACCCUUUCGGCCGACCAGAAUCUCCCCCUUCUCGGUCUUAUACACGGCACGAAGAUCCUAGCCCCUCUUACCUUAAACGGCCAGAUUCACCUCUCCAAAGGAACCCCACAAGACCAGACGACCCCUACUCGCGCUCUCAAAGUCGACAACAGGGACAGUCCCCAUACGACGACGUUCGCUAUGAAAGCUGUGAGGAAACCAUGAAGAAGGCCGCCAGACCUCGUGCAGGCUCCAAUCAGACCGGCUCGUCGAGGAGCAAGUUGCAGAAGCAGCCGCCGCCUAUGAUUCGCGGUCCAAGCUACCAAAAAGAAGUUGAAACGGGUAUCUAUCCGAGGCCUAUGGAGGUGAACAGGGAUGCCAAUAUGUAUGCGAAUGUUUUGAACACGCCUGGUGUGACGGUCCUGGAAAGUCCGAACAAAGGAAAGAAGAUGGAAGAGGGAGGGGAGUGGGAAAGAAAGGGCGGUGCGAAGGGGAGGUUGGGAAGGAUGUUUGGCAGGAAAGAGAGUGCUGGCAGGAUGGUAACUGCUAAUUGA